UUAAUACGUUCAAAUUAUGAAAAAAAAAAACUGAUAAAAUCAGUGUCGUUUGUCAGUUUAGUUUUGGAGUGUCGAGACAGCGAGAAGAGAGGGAGAAUCGAGUGCACAAACCUUAUCUUCAUAUAAAGUUUCAGAGAGAGGAGAGAGAGCAGAAGAGGAACUAUGCCAAUUACUGCAAUGGCCGCAACAACAGCUAGUCGGUUGCUUAUUAUUAUUCCAAUUCACUGCUCUGAUUCAACCCCAAGACGCGGUUUUGGAACCAAAAAGAACACCAACAAGGUACCCACGAAAUCAACAGCUAAAAAAUCUGGUCCUGUACCUCCUAAGGCACCUGGUUUAAGUUCUCAAUUUGAUGGGAAAUCUAACAACAAUUCAUUGGACCGUCAGUUUGAGGAGCGGCUGGAAGCUGUUAGAAGGUCAGCGCUUGAGCAGAAAAAAACAGACGAAGAAAAAGAAUUUGGAGCAAUAGACUAUGAUGCACCAGUUGAGUCAGAGAAGAAAACAAUUGGACUGGGUACCAAGAUUGGAGUAGGAGUAGCCGUCUUGGCCUUUGGUUUGGUUUUUGCGCUCGGAGACUUUCUUCCCUCUGGAAGUGUUAGUCCCACCGAGGAAGGCAAGGUGGUUAAUAAUCUGUCGGAAGAAGAGAAAGCUACUCUUCAGGCUAGGCUUAAAGAUUAUGAGGCAAUGCUAAGUAAAUCCCCAAAAGAUCCAGUUGCUCUUGAAGGAGCUGCAGUGACCUUGGCAGAAUUAGGAAAUUAUAAUCAAGCUUCCUCUCUGCUUGAGGACUUGACAAAGGGGAAACCAAGUGACCCUGAUGUUUUCCGCUUGCUUGGUGAAGUUAAAUAUGAACUCAAGGAUUAUGAAGGGAGUGCUACCGCGUAUAAGACUUCACAGAUGGUGUCUAAAGAUAUCAAUUUUGAAGUUCUGCGUGGCCUUACAAAUGCAUUACUUGCUGCUAAGAAACCAGAUGAGGCAGUUCAAUUCCUUCUGGCGUCUCGAGAACGUCUAAAUUCACAAAUUUCUAAUGGUAAGGCUGAAGAAACAAAUUUGCCGCAGGUGGACCCUGUUCAAGUUGAUUUACUUCUUGGCAAAGCGUAUUCAGAUUGGGGUCAUAUAAGUGAUGCUGUAUCCGUCUACGAUCGCCUUAUCUCAAGUCACCCUGAUGACUUCCGUGGUUACUUAGCUAAGGGAAUCAUUUUGAAAGAAAAUGGUAAAGUUGGAGACGCAGAGAGAAUGUUUAUACAAGCACGGUUCUUUGCACCGGAGAACGCCAAGGCACUGGUAGAUCGUUUUGCUAGAUAGUAACUGAUCUUCGUUCAGAUGGGAAUUAUUUACCUCAGGAGCAUAAACUUUUCGCCAAGGCCCUCAACGGAGUUCAAUUUUCUCCAACCUCUAUAUUGUAUUGAUCGUUAGAAUUGGCUGAUGAGAAUAAGGCCAGACCUGAUUUUGCCCGUUACCAGGAUUUUCCAUGUUAGAUUGUGAAUGAAAUUAAACAAAAAUCACGAAAUCUAUCAAAUGUAAAUUUCACUAGUAGUCACAGCGAAAUUCGAAAGAAAUGAAACAUGAUUCCUCCAUUUUAAAGUA